AUGGGCAAGCGAAUACUCAAAAACAGCAUUGAUAACUCCUCCAGGCAGUCCGGACAAAUCAGAGGGAACAUGUUCGUCUCUUCGGGCGGCAGCGGUCACGGCUUCAGAUUCCUGCUCAUCCUCGGCCACAAGGUGGUCGAGACCCUGGAAGGCAAAACAGACGGGAAUGUCUAUGCAGACAUGUGGGCACGGAGGGAGCCUCAGGGCCGAAGCAAGAGGAAUGACCUCGAAGAAGGGGAGGGCGGGCCGCAUGUGUUGGCGAAGCAGACCAUGGCAAGCGACAAGGACUGUGUCCAGUGA